CUGUGGUGGUGGGUGUGUUGGUGGGUUUGGUAGCGGGUGUGGUGUUAUUGAUUUUAGUUGAUAAAAUCAAAGACAGAAGGAGAAGGAUGGAAGAACGGACACGAGAAAGAAAUGAAGGGCUGCCAUUGACCAAGGGUGAUGGGGAAUCAGGCCCGGUUCAGAUGGAGAGUGUUCUGGUGGAAGGAGGUCCUGCUGAUGCUCUCUUGCAGCAGUCGCCAUCACCGCCCGAUUCUGCUGAGAGGGGCCCUGCUGAUACUCUCUUGCAGCAGUCGCCAUCACCGCCCGAUUCUGUUGAGAGGGGCCCUGCUGAUACUCUCUUGCAGCAGUCGCCAUCACCACCUGAUUCUGCUGAGAGGGGCCCUGCUGAUACUCUCUUGCAGCAGUCGCCAUCACCGCCUGAUUCUGUUGAGAGGGGCCCUGCUGAUACUCUCUUGCAGCAGUCGCCAUCACCACCUGAUUCUACUGAGAGGGACCCUGCUGAUACUCUCUUGCAGCAGUCGCCAUCACCACCUGAUUCUACUGAGAGGGGCCCUGCUGAUACUCUCUUGCAGCAGCCGCCAUCACCGCCUGAUUCUGUUGAGAGGGGCCCUGCUGAUACUCUCUUGCAGCAGUCGCCAUCACCACCUGAUUCUACUGAGAGGGGUCCUGCUGAUACUCUCUUGCAGCAGUCGCCAUCACCACCUGAUUCUGCUGAGAGGGGCCCUGCUGAUACUCUCUUGCAGCAGUCGCCAUCACCGCCUGAUUCUGUUGAGAGGGGCCCUGCUGAUACUCUCUUGCAGCAGUCGCCAUCACCACCUGAUUCUACUGAGAGGGACCCUGCUGAUACUCUCUUGCAGCAGUCGCCAUCACCACCUGAUUCUACUGAGAGGGGCCCUGCUGAUACUCUCUUGCAGCAGCCGCCAUCACCGCCUGAUUCUGUUGAGAGGGGCCCUGCUGAUACUCUCUUGCAGCAGUCGCCAUCACCACCUGAUUCUACUGAGAGGGGUCCUGCUGAUACUCUCUUGCAGCAGUCGCCAUCACCGCCUGAUUCUGUUGAGAGGGGCCCUGCUGAUGCUCUCUUGCAGCAGUCGCCAUCACCGUCUGAUUCUGUUGAGAGUGGCCCCGCUGAUACUCUCUUGCAGCAGUCGCCAUCACCACCUGAUACUGUUGAGAGUGGCCCUGCUGAUACUCUCUUGCAGCAGUCGCCAUCACCACCUGAUUCUGCUAAGAGGGACCCUGCCGAUGUUCGUCGGUGGUAGUGUAAGGUUAAUUAAAGGUUAAACUUGUUUUGUCCUUCCGAUGCUGUCACAUGCUUUGUUAACAGAUGUCACAACGCCACUUCCUGAUCUACUCAGGUUUUGGAAUGUCCUGGUUCAAUCACUCUACUGAAAUGUCAUGAUUAAAUCACACUUUAUCUCUUCCUCUCACUGUACAUAACGGUCACUGUUAAGUUUCUCAAUAAAAGCAUAAUGCAGAGGGAGGAACUGCGAGAAGCAUUUUGCUGUCAGGAGUUCUCACUGAGAACUGUCGUUCUGCACUCCUGCCUCUGCUCUCCCGCUUCUGCA